AGUAUAAAAAUCUCUAUAAGGUCAAGCCGGCUUUUCUGCGGAACUACUUUACAGACAUACAGACGACCACAUGGUUUUCUUGACGCCCUUGAUAUCGUUACAGUAGCAUCUACCGGCUCAUUAAAUUUUUGACUCUUUGUGCUUUUCUUUAAUAUAAAAAUGCAUUUCCAUACUGUUCUUCGUCCUUUGUUGUCAAGAAGAUUGGCUGUAAAUAUCCGAAGACAUUAUGCUAAGGAUAUUAAAUUCGGACCUGAUGUACGAGCCCUUAUGCUUCAGGGUGUUGAUGUACUUGCUGAUGCUGUUGCAGUAACAAUGGGUCCUAAGGGCAGGAAUGUCAUCAUUGAACAGUCAUGGGGAUCCCCAAAAAUAACUAAAGAUGGUGUGACAGUUGCCAAAGCUAUUGAACUUAAAGAUAAGUUCCAGAAUAUUGGUGCUAAGUUGGUUCAAGAUGUUGCUAAUAACACUAAUGAAGAAGCUGGAGAUGGUACCACAACAGCAACAGUCUUGGCUAGAUCAAUAGCCAAGGAAGGAUUUGAAAAAAUUAUUAAGGGAGCUAAUCCUACUGAAUUCAGAAAAGGUGUUAUGAUGGCUGUUGAAAGAGUAGUUGAAGAGUUAAAAUCUAAUUCAAAGCAAGUUACUACCCCUGAUGAAAUCGCUCAGGUUGCAACAAUAUCAGCAAAUGGAGAUAAAGCUAUUGGUGAUUUAAUUUCAGAAGCAAUGAAGAGAGUUGGUAAUGAUGGUGUUAUUACUGUUAAGGACGGUAAGACAUUAACUGAUGAAUUAGAAGUUAUUGAAGGAAUGAAGUUUGAUAGAGGAUAUAUAUCACCCUAUUUUAUUAAUACAGCUAAAGGUGCCAAAAUAGAAUACCAAAAUGCAUUGGUAUUAUUCAGUGAGAAGAAAAUAUCUAGUGUUCAAUCUAUUAUACCAGCUUUGGAACUGGCAAAUUCUAAACGUCAACCAUUGAUCAUUAUUGCUGAAGACAUAGAUGGUGAAGCUCUUAGCACCAUGGUAUUGAACAGGUUAAAAGUAGGACUACAGGUUGCAGCAGUCAAAGCUCCUGGGUUUGGUGAUAAUAGAAAAAGUACACUGCACGAUAUGGCUAUUUCUACUGGUGGCAUUGUGUUUGGUGAUGAUGCCGAUUUGAUAAAGUUAGAAGAUAUCCAGCCACAUGACCUAGGAGAAGUUUCAGAAGUUGUUAUAACAAAAGAUGAUACAUUAUUAUUAAAGGGCAAAGGAGAGAAACAAAAUAUUGAUAGAAGAAUUAGUCAAAUUAAAGAUGAAAUUGAACAAACUACAUCUUCAUAUGAAAAAGAGAAACUUCAAGAACGCCUUGCAAGAUUAUCCAAUGGAGUUGCUUUGUUAAAAGUUGGUGGUUCUAGUGAGUUGGAAGUGAAUGAAAAGAAGGAUCGUGUAAAUGAUGCAUUAAAUGCUACUCGUGCUGCUGUUGAAGAAGGUAUUGUUGCUGGUGGUGGAACUGCCCUGUUGAGGUGUAUUGACUGUUUGAAUACCCUAAAACCUGAAAAUGAUGAUCAAAAAACAGGCAUUGACAUAGUGCGAAAAUCUCUGAAGAUGCCUAUUACACAAAUAGCUGUCAAUGCUGGUGUUGAUGCAGCUGUUGUAACACAAACUGUCCUAAGUAACAAAGGAGAUUUUGGCUAUGAUGCCAUGAAAGGAGAAUACGUUGAUAUGAUCAGUGCCGGAAUCAUUGAUCCAACAAAAGUUGUUCGAACUGCUCUUCUAGAUGCUGCCGGUGUUGCAUCUCUACUAACUACAGCUGAAAGUGUCAUAGUUGAUAUUCCAGAAAAAGAAGACAAAAUGCCUAUGGGUGGUAUGGGAGGAAUGGGUGGCAUGGGAGGUUAUUAAAUAUAAAACUAUAUUAGGAAUUUUAAGACAAUUGACAGAUACUCAGAGAUUAGGGAUCAAGAACAGGUGUUACGAGUAAUUGUGCAUUUUUAAUCAUAACAUUAUCACUGUUCUCAAAAGUCAUGCAUUUUGUUAAUUCAUUGUAGAGCCUUGUAUAAUAAACAAUUUUUUCUAUUAA